AGGCGCAAGAUGUGUCAUAAACCUUUCGCUAUGACGUUUUGCGCCUAGCCUUUUCCCUGUAAAACCGCUUCCUAGAGCAGGACACGAACCCUUCAGCUUUCGUACGGUUCAACCAUUACUCUGAAGCAUGUAUUUACGAACAUUUCGCUCUGUCCACGAAACUCGAUUAAUUCGGCGCGCGCAAUUUUAAGGGAAAUUCUCUAGAAAUUGUACCAGUGUCUGUGUUCUAUGCUGAGGUUGUAAAAGUACUUGAGUGGGGUCUACAAUGCAGGGUCUCGUUUGGAUCUGGGUUCUUCUAUUUCUAAAUCCUCUAGACGAUGCACUGGCAAGCUCCAUCGAUGCACAAGUUUCAUUUUCCUUAACAUCAGAUGCAUCCUCCGCGUUUAGUAAGAGAACUUCAUCAAAGACUUUGCCUCAAAAUGGACAGACCACGAGCACAAGUGUUGGAGUCGCUAGCAAAAAUAUAAUCCCAACAAAUACUCAAGAAGAAAAACUGCAGUCUUUUACAAUUGCUGAGAAACCACUAGGGGCUCACAGCCCUAUAAUCACGAUAGGUCACGCAACUAGCGUGACAAGUCACGCAACUUGCGUGACAAGUCACAUAACUAGUGUGGCAGCACAUGAAACUCGCACUUGUUAUGCAAGCGUUACUACUACUUCAGUGAUAACUCGCAGUACUAGCGUUACAGAUCAAUCAAUUUCAUUAACUUCUGUGACAAAGGACAGCACUAACUCAAGUCACAGCAUAUCUUACGUGACAACUGUGACUGGUCACGAUAUUAGCGUUAAAAGUUCACCUAAGACAUCCACGGUGAUCACGCCUGCUGUAACGUCCUCUGCUGGCUUUCAACAAAGUUCUAUUGUCUUCCAUCAUCUUGUCACGUCCUCACCGGAAGUGCAAGUCUUUAGACCGACAAGUCACGCCUACGUCACGCAAACCCCGGUAAUAACAAGAUUGCCGGUCACGUCAACGGCGUCUCCCCAUGAGGAGGCACCGACUUUUUCGACAGUUCCCCCUGUGCCUGAAACUGUGAGCAAAUCCCCCUCGACUAUAUCUCAAGUUACGAAGCCUUCCGUCACUGUCAAGCCCACCACGAAACCCGUAACAGACUGGCCGCCUUAUAUUCCAGAAGCUGAAAUCACAGCCUUCCCGCAAAGGGUUAUGGUUGGCAGUGACGUCGAGCUGAAGUGUACGGCAAAAGGCAGCAGCUCUGCACCUCAAAUCACGUGGAUCCGUAAAAACGAGCAAGUGACCAGCGGCUACUCGACAAAAGGUCAUGUGUCUACGCUUGAGUUAAAAAACGUGACGCGAGAAGUGGGAGGGGCUUAUCUGUGCGAGGUGCGCAUACCGGAGUUCGGAAGACUGGUCUUCAAGGCGUGGCACAUGCUGCGCGUUCACUUACCCGUGAUGCCUGCGUACCCCGUACCUGAUAUGAUUGACAGGACUGCCACCACCAUGACUGUCCCGCUGCAUCACGUGACAUAUCUAUCCAAUGGCGAAAGAGUCGAAUUUAUCCAGAUAGUUGUUGCGAGCACUACGGAGGCCACGGUUAGCGGUCUCCUCGCCCCAGACUCCUACACCCCUGAAGAUUUGGCAGUGGAAACGGAGACGUCACCAUACAUAGCUGCCAUGUUCAGCAUCAGGGAGCGAUGGGAAGAAGAGUUUAUCGUUGGCGAUAGCAAAAACUACCCGCACCUUAUCUCACGGCGUCGACGGGCUGCCGGCAAAAUGUACCAUAAUGCCCCUCUGAAGCCCGACAGCUACUACACGAUCUUUCAGCGGCUUCUCGCUGAUAACGGCGCUUACGAAUCCUUGAGCUGGAUGCCCCCAGUGCGCACGCGCCCGGCCAGGCCCACUGUGAUGCCCGUUACACACGAGGGGGGCAACAACAUUGCGCUUAUCAUGGGCAUCUUGGUGGGGCUACUGCUGGUCGUGUUAUUGGGGUUGCUUGUGGGUAAGGUGUACCUCGUGCGGAAGAAUCAGCAGGCGAUGGCGUGCGCGGACACGGAGCGCUACGAGAUGGCGGCGGGAGGAAAGAAUCGACUUGAGAAGAUCGCUAGGACGUUCACGCUUGCCGGCAUGAAAGCGCACUACAGACCAUGUGGGUCGAUAAGCAUCGACGACUUCGAGCAACACGUGGCCCGCAUGCGCAGAAGCGGUGACCUUUUCUUCACCACGGAAUACGAGCGCAUCCCUGUGCCUGAACACGUGACCGCCACGCACAGCUUGGACCCCGUGAACCAGCAUAAGAAUCGUUACAUCAACAUCGUGGCGUAUGACCACUCGCGCGUCAAGCUGCAGGACUUCGAGGACGAACCGGGCUCAGACUACAUCAACGCCAACUUCUUGCCGGGAUAUCGCCGUGACAACGCAUACAUUGCUGCGCAAGGGCCGCUGGCCGAGACAUGUAGAGAUUUCUGGCGCAUGGUCUGGGAGCAAAACUCUAGAACUAUUAUCAUGUUAACAAACCUAAAGGAGCGAUGUCGUGACAAGUGUGCUCAAUACUGGCCCUCACGCGGCAGUCUAUCCUACGAAGAUAUCACCGUAACCUUAGAUAGCGUGACAGAAUUAACUCCAUAUAUAGUGCGCACCCUGAGCGUGCAGCGUGAGGGGUGUGAUGACGUCAGACAGGUGAAGCAGUUUCACUUCACCAGCUGGCCUGACCAUGGGGUACCCACGAGCGUGUGUAAUCUACUCGCUUUCGUGCGCGACUCAACCCGAGCGGACCCCCCAGGGGCAGGACCAAUGGUUGUCCACUGUAGUGCUGGUGUCGGUCGAACUGGCACCUUCAUCGUGAUUGACGUCAUGCUCCAGCAAAUCCACGAAGAGAAGACUGUGGAUAUCCUCGGCUUCGUCUCGACCCUGCGAAGACACCGGAACCUGAUGGUGCAAACCGAGCAGCAGUACAUCUUCAUCCAUGAUGCAUUGCUCGACGCGAUCAUUAGCGGGGAGACUGAGACGAGCGCCAGUGACUUGCGCAGUCACAUUCGUCGACUACAAGAGCAGGACCCUGAAUCAGGGUACACUCCAAUGUUCACCGAGUUUCAAAAACUCUCUCGCUGCAUCAACUCGUCCCUGUCAUUAAACGCUGCCACUCAUCCCGUCAACAAGCGCAAAAACCGCUACGCGAACGUCCUGCCUUAUGACGUCACUAGGGUACGACUCAGCAUGCAAGUGGGCGUGGAGGGAUCAGAUUACAUCAACGCAAACUACAUCGAUGGCUACAUGGCCAAGAGGACGUUCAUCGCGACCCAGGCCCCCAUCCCGGAGACCAUUCCGGAUUUCUGGCGCAUGGUCUGGGAGCAAAACUGCUGUACCAUUGUGACGCUUGCCCAGGAAGUCGAACAAGCGAAGGCAAAGAUGCAUCGCUAUUGGCCAGGAAAGCAACCAAUCACGUUUGGCUCUCUUGUGGUGGAGAUGCAAGACAAAGUGAAGUCUGGACACCUGGUCGUGCGAAUCUUUAAGCUUACCAACACUGAGGUCAGCGCGUCCCGUGAUGUCCGUCAGUUCCAUUACACGUCCUGGACCGAGGAGAACCCUCUUGAGGAUGGCCUGUCCAGAUGUCAGCUGAUUGACUUAAUCGGACAAGUUCAGUACUGGCAAGCGGAGAGCGGGCGUCACCCGAUAAUCGUACACUGCAGUGCGGGUGUCGGCCGCACGGGCGUAUUCUGUGCUGUUAGCAUUCUGAUCGAGCGUCUCAAAGCGGAGGCGAUGGUGGAUGUCUUCCAGACCGUCAAACAGCUUCGAGAGCAGCGACCUGCGAUGGUCCAAACCAAGGGUCAAUACGACUUUUGUUACCAAGUGGUGCUAGAAUAUCUCGCGUCCUUCGAGCCGCCAGAAGCCUCUUCAGAAGGUCCAAACACCUCUUACCCGUUCCCAGACUCCAUACCACCCUUCGUCACCCAACCACAGGAUACCCGACAGAGUAAAAGACCAUCUAAAUCGGAUUUGUACGAGGAAACAACCAUAGCAAGCUCUGACACCUCACCAAAACAUAGUGAAUUUAAGAUUAAGAACUCCUCUCCCCAAUCUUCGCCCGCUCACUCGGUACCGAUAGAGCCUGGGGAGGAGUCAGGUCCUCUUUUAGCCGGACAAGAAGAUCUGUCGGAUGACAGUUCUGAUUACGAGGAAACGCCCAUCUUUGGCGACAGUAGCGAGGCGUAAUAAAAGUAUAUGUUAGGAAUUCAUGAAAACAGCACUAGCGUGGUUAAACACAUAUCGAUAAAUCUUCUUUUAAAAACUGUCGUUUUUCUAGCUCGCUUGGUCAUUUCCUUAUAUGGCAUUACGUAACAUAUUUGGGAGUCCGCAGGAUUUCGUGUUUACUACGAUUUUGCUGGCAGCCAUCUUUGAAAUGGAGCCUAGACCCUAACGUUUUUGAAUAUCACAGGUCUUCCGCGCGCUCGCCCCAGGCUCUUUUAGACCAUAUAGAAAAACGACAGCCAUUGAUUGGUAUGUUGUGACCGCAAUCUCGCUUGCUUGUACACACACAAGCAAUAUAUUGUCUGUAAACUGUAAAGCAAUAGGGCCAACGACCACAGCGACAGCAAGGAAAACGUGACCAAAAAUACUCUUAUUCUUUAGUCUGGUUUCCAUAUAAUCGCACACUAUCGCACACGAAAACCCAUUUGUGUGCGAUCAUAUGGAAGCAAGCCUUUAGCGCUCAAUUCUGUAUGGGACCUUACGCAAAUAAAACGGCGACUGUAGAGACCAAUAGAAAACUCACAGACCCAGACGUGAAAUGCACUCAGAAAUGGACUCUGUCUGAUACAUUUCAGCCGUUUUCUUUCAAACCACGAAAUGAAAACUCGGGGACGGCGACGUGUGUGCUGUUAACCAGACUUUAAAUUGUUCACUAUGAUGGAAAUAGUUGUAGGCGUAUCUUUUUCGGGACUGUAAAAAACGAGUUAUUUUUUUAUCGAAUCUAGUUAAGCGCUAAGCGUAAAAGCAUUUUGAGGGUUCACGUUGGCCUUGCCGUCGCCGUCAUCGUUGGCAGCGCGAACGGCGACGGCAGAAACAAUUGAAAACAAAGAGCCAGACGUGAAAUAUAUUCUGAAAUGGAUUCUGUCAGCCGUUGUCCUUCAUUCUACAACUUGAAAACUCCAAGUUUCACAGUCUAGCGAGGACGGAAACGUGUGCGCUGAAUGUCAGAAAUAAGAUUCUAGGCUUUGCUAUAGAUUUUGGGACUACAAAAACGAGUGAAUUCUACCAAAACUAGCUUAACAUUGAACGCAAAGAAUGAAAGCUUUUUUGGGAAUCGUGUUGUCCCUGCAGUCGCCGUCGUAGUUGCUUUAAAAAUUCUCAAAUGUGCUUUGGCUGUCUUCAUGGGUCACGGCAAUGAGUGGUAACCCAUGGUUAGGCUAUGUACAUUUGCAAGAUGGUCCAUAGUAAGUCACGGAAGUAGCAUUGCACAAUCUCACCAUUAUAUCACAAGCUUAAUUUAUGUGGGGUUUCUGAGCGUGACUCUUUUUUUUUUUUUUUUUUUUUGCGUUUUAUCGCGGAAAACUCAAGUCUAUCGCUUUUGGUCGAGCGUGAUAGCGUAAAAAUACGGGGGGGGGGGGGGGGGCAAUCCCGCGUACGUAGCACCAAAAUGGCGGCCGAUUACCCGAUAGAUCAAGUUUUUCUGUGAUAAACCACCAUCUAUCUCAAACAUGCUACUCUGAUAAGAAAAAUAAGAGUUUUCUGGCGAAGCUUGACGGUAGCGUUCUCGCUUAAUUCAUAACUAACUUGUAUAUUUUUUAUAGGUAAUAUUACAAUUUCAUCUUUUGCGGCCAACCAUAUUUGUUGGAAGGUAUUACUUUUUUUCCUAUUGUAUAUUCUGUUAAAUCCUACAGCUUAUCGAUCUCUACGCCUAAGUUCAAACGUCGUAUUAUCCAUGAGCCGUAUUCAAUGCAAAUAUGUGCAAAUGAAUCGAGUCGAUUGUUGAUUGUUUCAUCUUCAUUUGCACGCAUAUGCCUUAAAUACGGCUCAUGGGUAAUACGGCGUUAACUGUACUACUGUACAGUUAACAGAAACAUUAUUGAGAAAAAUCAAUAUAAGAAGCUUGAUAUAUGGAAAAGGAAAUUGUGAUUAAAACUCUCGUGAAAGGGUAGGCCAAGUAAACACUCCAUGGGAAAAUAAUUAAUUAUUAUUGUUACGUUGCGCGGGGGACUGAGUCGAGUUGAUAUGCGAACAGCCUGCUGAGACAACUUUAGGGGACGCCAUUCAUCAUGGCGUCGAACGAUUCAAUGCUGAUGUUGGGAAUCUAACAAAGGAAGUUUCUGGCAGCAGAUUUACCAAAACGUACCAUUUUCUAGCUUACAUUCAGCAUCAUAUCAACAUGUUCACGGCGCCAUGUCGAAUGGCGUCCCCGAAAAUCAUCCCAGCAUGCUUUUCGCAUAUCAACUCGACACAUACCCCCGCUCAACGUAAGAAUGGCGAAUGGUGUGUUGUUUUCAAUGAGGGUAACACUUAUAUAAAUACCAAGUAAAUUUAGUAAGAAAGCAAUGUUUUUACAUUCAAUCAAACUAUAGAUUUGACAAUACAUUUCUAUUUCCAAUAAGAAAUUAUUUUGUAUAUCGCCAUGUGAAACAUACAGAAUUUUAUAAAUGGUAUAUUUAACAAUCAAAUUUUAAGUUAUUAGUAUAUGUGAAUUGAAACUAUUUGUAAAUAUAUGAAAGUAGCGAUAUUGCAUAUAAAGAUACUUUUGUAAGUGAUAGUUUGCUGGUUCACUCUCAAUUGAUAUUAAACGUUUUUGAAACGCAA